ACCCCUCCGCCCCUCUUCGAUUGUACGCCAACGCUCGGAAUCCGACACAGCACUCUUGCUUCAUCUUCCUCACUUCAACUUUUUCCCAGUUGCAGAUGGCAGCACCAUCAGCAUGUCGAAUAGGGAAUAGUCUCUCAACCCACUUGACCAAACCAAACUUGAACAAGGUGUUCUGUGCUAGGAAUAUUUUUCUUCCCACAAGUUUCUCAUAUGGAGGCAAGAAAUCAAAUGUUGUCCUUGUACGGGCAUCUCUAGAACAGGGGCAUCAUGAAGGAAGAAGGGGGUUUUUAAAGUUAUUGCUUGGAAAUGCUGGAAUUGGCUUUCCUGCUUUGCUGGGAACUGGGAAAGCCUAUGCUGAUGACCAAGGGGUUUCUUCCUCUAGAAUGUCUUAUUCUAGAUUUUUGGAGUAUUUGGACAAGGAUAGGGUUAAAAGGGUUGAUUUGUUUGAAAAUGGAACUAUAGCUGUUUUGCCAGGACUCAGCCAGGAGCUUCUUCAGAAGUUCAGGGAGAAGAAUAUUGACUUUGCUGCUCAUAAUGCUCAAGAGGACUCUGGUUCUCUGUUAUUCAAUUUGAUUGGAAACCUAGCAUUCCCGCUAAUUUUGAUCGGUGCACUUUUCCUUCUUUCAAGGCGAUCAUCAGUAGGAAUGGGUGGUCCAGGUGGGCCUGGGUUUCCCCUUGCCUUUGGUCAAUCAAAGGCAAAGUUCCAAAUGGAACCUAACACUGGUGUUACAUUUGAUGAUGUUGCUGGAGUUGAUGAGGCAAAGCAGGAUUUUAUGGAGGUUGUGGAGUUUCUGAAGAAGCCUGAGAGAUUCACUGCAGUUGGGGCAUGUAUUCCGAAAGGUGUUCUUCUUGUUGGACCUCCUGGAACUGGGAAGACUCUUCUAGCCAAGGCAAUUGCAGGUGAAGCUGGUGUUCCAUUUUUCUCCAUCUCGGGUUCUGAGUUUGUUGAGAUGUUUGUUGGUGUUGGUGCUUCUCGAGUCCGGGAUCUUUUCAAGAAGGCCAAGGAGAAUGCACCUUGCAUUGUCUUUGUGGAUGAAAUUGAUGCUGUGGGACGGCAAAGAGGAACUGGUAUCGGUGGAGGGAAUGAUGAAAGGGAGCAGACACUUAACCAGCUUUUGACAGAAAUGGAUGGAUUUGAGGGUAACACUGGUAUCAUUGUUAUCGCAGCAACUAACAGGGCAGACAUUCUGGACUCUGCUUUAUUGAGGCCAGGAAGGUUUGAUAGACAGGUGACAGUGGAUGUUCCAGACAUAAGAGGCAGAACAGAGAUACUAAAGGUUCAUGCAAGCGAUAAGAAGUUUGAUGAUGAUGUGUCACUUGAUGUGAUAGCCAUGAGAACACCUGGUUUUAGUGGAGCAGAUCUUGCGAACCUCUUAAAUGAGGCUGCCAUAUUGGCUGGUCGGAGGGGCAAGACAGCAAUUUCAUCUAAAGAGAUUGAUGAUUCAAUUGAUAGGAUUGUGGCUGGCAUGGAGGGGACAGUCAUGACAGAUGGAAAGAGCAAAAGCUUGGUUGCAUACCAUGAAGUUGGCCAUGCCAUAUGUGGAACACUGACUCCAGGGCAUGAUCCUGUUCAAAAAGUUACCCUGAUUCCACGUGGGCAGGCACGUGGUCUCACUUGGUUCAUUCCUUUGGAUGACCCCACCCUGAUCUCCAAACAGCAACUCUUUGCAAGAGUUGUUGGUGGACUUGGUGGCAGGGCUGCUGAGGAAGUCAUAUUUGGUGAGCCUGAGGUGACCACAGGAGCAGCUGGUGACUUACAGCAGAUCACUUCUUUGGCUAAACAGAUGGUGGUAACUUUUGGCAUGUCUGACAUUGGUCCAUGGUCGCUUAUGGAUUCAUCAGCUCAAAGUGCUGAUGUGAUCAUGCGAAUGAUGGCAAGAAAUUCAAUGUCAGAAAAACUUGCAGAAGACAUUGAUGCUGCUGUCAAGAGGAUAUCAGACAGUGCAUAUGAGAUUGCUUUGAGUGACAUCAGGAACAACUGGGAAGCCAUUGACAAGAUUGUAGAAGUGCUCCUUGAGAAGGAGACAAUGUCCGGAGAUGAAUUCAGAGCAAUCCUAUCAGAGUUUGUAGAAAUCCCAGCAGAAAACCGGGUCCCUACUUCAGUACCCUCACCGGUCUCUGUUUAAGCAGAAUCACAUAACAAGAUGCAAACAUCAUUUACUUUUGAUCAUACUUAUUUUAUUGGUUAAAUGUAUUAUAGGUGUAUUCGCUGAUUACAUGUAAGGAGGAUAAGCGCUAGUUAGAAUAAAUUAUCCCUCCUCCAGUACCCUCGUUGGUCUCUGUUGCAAAUGUUGUAUAUUGAAAUUGGGUAUCAACCGAAAUUGUAAAUUUUGAGGAACCAUUGAACGAAAUGAUGCCAUUUCGGUGUCUA